GACGGCGGCGGUGCUGCACCCCCCGGACACGUCGCCGCGGAGACCACCACGCCUUCGACGACAUCCAAGGAUGACAGCACCAUGCUGACGUCUGCUUCCUCUUCCUGUGCCGCUCCCGUGACCCCCCACCGACCAUCCGGUCUGUUAUUCCCGCGCGCCGCCCAGGGCAACAUAUCACUCGAGUUCAACAGGAGAUCGCUACUGCUGCCGUCACCUGCGCAGCACCAACAGCAACAGCAGCAGCCGCUACGCAAUCCGACCCCGCCACCUCCGUCGGCCGCCGCAUCGUCAUUGACGGGAGCAGCAGCAGCCGCCCAGCCCAAGCAGUCAGCGGCUCCCCUGUCCCCCCAUCCCGACCGUUCGAGCAUCUACGCCUCACCGACAAACGUCCUGCCUCGACGCUCGCGAGGCCUCGACUUCUCCCGCGCCGCUACGAGCCUCCACCACUCCACAUUGGCAGAGUCGUCUCCCGAGUCGUCUCCCGGCGGCCCCGGCGGCGGCGGCGGCGGCGGCGCCACCAGCGGCAGAGAGGCCAUCAACAUACCCGGACGCCGUCGCGAGAUCUCUGCCACACCCUUCGGCGGUAUCGGCGGCGGUCAGGGCCCCGAGACGACGUCCACAUCGCUGUGGUCCAUCAUGGGCGACCAGGAGAGGAUGAACCUGGGCCACUCGCUCGGCAGCAGCGCCCAGGCUAUCGGGUCCGACUCGUCCAGCGAUUCGGACGACGACGACCUCAUGGACGACGAAGACGACCACAACAUGGAGGAGCCCUACCUCAUGACACCGCAGGUGUCGAGGACGGCCCCCAGCGGCGCCUUUGGGUCGCCGGCUACCGGCGGCAGCGGCGGCGGCGGGCUCGUCAGCUUUCAGCAGCGCCAGAGACACCACCGCAGGCCGUUUGGCGGCAAGAAGUCGCGCCUGCCUUUCGGCAGCAGCGCAGCCGGAGCAGGGGGCCCGUCUGUAUCGGGUUCCCCGCCGUCCAACGCCAGGAGGGACAGUAUCAGCUGGCAGGCUAACCGGCUUCAUAUAUCGAGCAUGGACGGCGAGGACGCCGACGGGCCGAGCGGCGAUGGGGGGAGGAAUGUGGUGCGCCGCGCCGUCACCCGACGCGGCAACCUAUUGCCCAAGACGAAAACCUUUGCCCGCAUCCGGGCCGCCCUCUUUGAGGAGGGCGCCCCCGCCGACGCCGAGUGCAAACGAGAGGCCGAGGUGGUCAAGCAGGUACGAGACAGCGACGUGCCGGCUCUCGAACCACGCAGGGCGCCGCCGCCGGCUCCUCCGGUCCCGGUCUCGGCACCGACGGAUGUGCCGGGGGCGGGGUCGGGGCCGGACUCGGUGACGACGGCCCCCUCAUCGCCGAACCGGGAACCGUCGCUGGACGACAUACCGGAAGACGACAUGAUGGGCGACCUGGCACUCGGACUGUCGGGCAGCUUCAAGCAGCAGGUGAUGCGCAACUCCAAGGGCAAGGUGUUCUGGGACACGUUUUCCGAGACGAGCAGCGUCGGCGGCGGGGGCAACAACCGCUCCACGACGCCGCCGCCGGCCCCCCCGGCGCCGGGUCCGGCGCAGCGGACACCCCCUCCUCCGACGGCCACGGCGGCAGAGAUCGCCCGGCGCAUCAACAACAAGCGCAGGCGAGACGACGACUUCGACCCGUCGAGCUUCAAGAGGCGCGCCGUCAGCCCCAGCCUGAGCGUGCACAACUCCCCACUGCCGCAGAGCCCGAUGCAGCGAGACGUGACGGCCUGGGGUUCCAGGCCCGGGAGCAACGGCGCCGACAGGGGAGGGAGCAUAAGCGCCACCAGCGACUCGGGGAGCAUGGCUGGGAGCAGCAGCGUACAGGGCGGCGGGAAUGGCAGCGGUCCCGGCAGGGCACCACCGAACAACAAGGGGAGGAUAGGGUUCCAGGGCAUGGUGGACACAAAUGACGGUAUCAUGAGGAUGAGCAUAGAGUGA